AUGUCUUUCUUCACUAGGGUUUGGACAAAGAAAUGCAAGCGAACGCUUGAAUCUGAGAGCACUUACUUUUACCACGCGAUUUUUGUCAGCAGGUUUCACCAGCUGCCCAAACUUGCCAGCAGCCAGUCCCUGGAGGUGCAGAAUAACUCGCCAGCAGCGGCAAAGAACAAAGGCGAGGAGAUGCUGAAGCCCACCCCGCACCGGCUUGGCAGGGUGAAGAGCCUGCAAGAAAUGCCUGGACCCAACACCCUCUACAACCUCUACGAGUUCUUCUGGAAGGACGGCUUCGGCCGCAUUCAUGAAAUCCAGCAAAAACACACUCAGGAAUAUGGAAAGAUCUUCAAGUCUCACUUUGGUCCCCAGUUUGUCGUAUCCAUUGCAGAUCGAGAUAUGGUUGCUCAAGUCCUCCGAGCAGAAGGCAGAGCACCACAAAGAGCUAACAUGGAAUCCUGGCAGGAAUACAGAGACUUACGAGGGAGAGCCACAGGCCUUAUUUCUGCGGAGGGGGAACAAUGGCUGAAAAUGAGAAGUGUACUGAGGCAAAAAAUUCUGAAACCCAAAGAUGUGGCUGUUUACUCUGAAGGAGUCAAUGAAGUGGUCACAGACUUAAUUAAAAGAAUCCACACCCUCAGAAGUCAAGAGGAUGAUGGGGAAACAGUGACAAAUGUUAACAAUCUUUUCUUCAAGUAUUCCAUGGAAGGUAUUGCGACCAUUCUGUAUGAAUGCCGGUUGGGCUGCCUGGAAAACAACGUCCCACAGCAGACCCUUGAAUACAUUGAGGCUCUGGAGUUGAUGUUUAGCAUGUUUAAGACCACUAUGUAUGCAGGUGCUAUUCCCAAAUGGCUUCGUCCACUUAUUCCAAAACCCUGGAGAGAGUUCUGCAGAUCCUGGGAUGGACUCUUCAAAUUUAGUCAAAUCCAUGUUGAUAACAAAUUGAAGACUAUUCAGUCUCAGCUGAACCAAGGAGAAGUGGUGAAUGGUGGGCUACUUACACACCUCCUAGUGAGUAAGGAACUUACUUUGGAAGAGAUCUAUGCCAAUAUGACUGAAAUGCUUCUGGCAGGAGUGGACACAACUUCUUUCACUUUGUCCUGGGCAACAUACUUGUUGGCAAAGCACCCGGAGGUUCAACAAUGUGUUUAUGAGGAAAUAGUCAGUAAGCUGGGGAAAGAACAAGUUCCUGUUGCUCGUGAUGUCCCGAAAUUGCCUUUGAUUAGAGCUGUGCUGAAAGAAACCUUGAGAUUAUAUCCAGUAUUGCCAGGGAAUGGAAGAGUGACCCAAAAAGACUUGGUUGUUGGAGGAUACUUGAUACCUAAAGGGACACAGCUGGCACUCUGUCAUUAUACUACUUCAUACAGCGAAGAAAAUUUUGCAAUGGCAAAUGAAUUCCGACCUGAGCGCUGGCUGAGGAAAGAUAAUUUGGACAGAGUAGACAAUUUUGGUUCCAUCCCCUUUGGUUAUGGCAUUCGAAGUUGUAUAGGAAAAAGAGUCGCAGAGCUGGAAAUUCAUCUCGCACUGAUUCAGUUGCUUCAGAACUUUGAGAUCAAAAUCUCUCCAAAAACAGAAGCAGUUCGUGCCAAAACCCAUGGACUUCUGACUCCUGGAGGAUCCAUCAAUGUGAGAUUUUCUGACAGAAAGUGA